GCUCCAAUACACAUCGCCUAAAACUGUAUAACAAACGAAAUUCGAAUUUCUUUUUUUUCUAGAACCAAUGAUCCAAAUUAGAUUUGUGGUGUUUUGGUUAUUGACUUGAUUAUUAUUUUUUUCUCGUGGUUUAAUUGCAAAUUGUGUCAACGCUGAUAAUUUCGAGCUGGGUGUUCAGCCAGUGAUUUUCGAAAAGAAAGUUUCAUUAAUUUUCCAGGAUUUCUCUUAUUCACGUGUCAAAAUCGCAGGUGUAACCGCAGUUUCAUUGAAAGCUUCGAAUUUUAUUAACGUGAUUGUCACGUGGUUGCCGGGAUGGAUGAUGGAUGCGUGCCACAACAUCAGCAGAGCAACGGUGGUGGAGCCACCGUUCACCAUCACCCGGCCAGUUCGACUGUCAAUCAUACUCAACCGACUGGUAAUAAGAUAGCCCACAACAACAACAACAAUCAGCAGCAUCACGUUGGAAUGCAGUCCAAUCAUCAGCCGCCUUUUCUUUGCUCCGGAUGUGCCACACCCAUCGUCGACCAAUACCUUCUCAAAGCUUUAGAUUGUUAUUGGCACGAGGAUUGUCUCAAGUGCGGAUGUUGCGAUUGCCGGCUAGGAGAAGUCGGCUCCACCCUCUAUACCAAAGCCAAUCUCAUCUUGUGUAAACGGGAUUACCUCAGAAUGUUCGGCACGUCGGGUAAUUGCGCCGCUUGCUGUAAACCCAUUCCGGCUUUCGAAAUGGUUAUGAGGGCCAAAAGUAACGUCUACCAUCUCGACUGUUUCGCCUGCCAGCAGUGCCAUCAAAGGUUUUGCGUGGGCGAUCGGUUCUAUUUGAACGACAACAAGAUCUUGUGCGAAUACGACUAUGAAGAGCGAGUCUUAGCACUCAAUAUGCCGUCAAAUAAUAAUGCCUCAACGCAGCACAUUCAAAGGCGAGUGUCUGACAUACCUCAAUCAGGAGACGGUGCGAUAGGCUAUGAUUCACAAGCUAGCCAAUCUGGCAAUUUAUUUCAUCAGCAGCAGCUUGGCUAUGACCAAUUCUCAGAUGGAACUCAUUUUGUCAGAGGUGCACCUUCUGUCUAUCAGCAACAGUACGCUACUAAUCGACAAGUACAGCACUUGGCUAGCAGAAACAAUCAGCACAAGCACGGUUCCCCCAGUGAUGGCUCUUCGAGUGGCUAUGGAAGCCCAGACUCCAUCCUCCUCGAUGAACGCUAGACAAGAAGAAUCAGGAUUCUGAUGUGUCUUAGACUGUUGUAGAAGGCUGUAGGGAAAUGUGGUAUGUGUGUGAUAUGCUUGUUCAGUCAGCCACACAGGCUAUUCUCAGUACAAAGCUAUGCAGUAAAGAUAAAAGAAAACACAGGCAAACACAUAAUGAAGCCUUUCACCUCUCCUGUUGAUGAUUACGUUUCUUCUGGUCAAGUUGAGCCACACGGUGGUGUAUACCAAUGUAAACAUUUAAACCCACGUUUGUCUUGCACCAAGGUUUAUUUACUUUUUCCCCUAAUGCGCUGUGAUUAAAAUCAUUGACACUGUAAAAUUUCUUUUUAUUGUAUGCAUAUAAAUAUUGCAAUUCUUUGA